AUGGAUAGUUACUACAAUCACCACUUUGAUAACACUCACAACAAUGAUGCACAUUUACCUCCUGGCUUUCGCUUCCACCCCACUGAUGAAGAGCUUAUCACAUACUACCUCCUCAAGAAGGUUCUAGAUAGCACCUUCACUGGUAGAGCCAUAGCUGAAGUUGAUCUUAACAAAUGUGAACCGUGGGAGCUUCCUGAAAAAGCAAAGAUGGGUGAGAAGGAAUGGUACUUCUUUAGCCUACGUGACAGAAAGUACCCAACUGGGUUACGUACUAAUAGGGCCACAGAGGCUGGUUAUUGGAAAGCCACAGGGAAAGACAGAGAGAUUUAUAGCUCAAAAACUUGUUCACUUGUAGGAAUGAAGAAAACCUUGGUUUUCUAUAGAGGAAGAGCUCCUAGGGGUGAGAAGAGCAAUUGGGUCAUGCAUGAGUAUCGCCUUGAAGGCAAAUUUGCUUACCAUUACCUCUCUAAAAGCUCCAAGGAUGAGUGGGUCAUAUCGCGUGUGUUUCAGAAGAGUACCACAGGUGGUGGCUCCACCGUGUCUGCCACCAUUAGUGGCUCAAAGAAAGUGCAAAGAAUAACGAGCAACUCAUCUGCUAACAUGAGCCUCUGCCCUGAACCCGGUUCACCAUCUUCCAUUUACCUUCCACCGCUUCUUGACUCUUCCCCCUACACCACCACCAGCACCGCUGCCUCCGCCUUCAACGACCGUGAAAGCUGCUCCUUCGACAACACCACCGCACAAAGGGAGCACGUGUCCUGUUUCUCCACAAUAUCUUCCGCCGCCGCCAAUGCAAGCUUUGACCUUGUUCCGCCACCUCUUACUAUGGACCCUUUUUCUCGGUUCCAGAGGAACGUUGGUGUCUCUGUCUUCCCAAGCCUGAGGUCAUUGCAAGACAACCUUCAGCUACCGUUCUUUUUCUCCCCGGCUGCGCCGCCCUUCCACGGAGGUGACAUGGCAGGUUGUGGCGCCGUCGGGAACUGGCCGGUGCCGGAGGAGCAGAGGGUGGCUGAGGGUAGUUCCACCAUGCCAUUGGGACCAUCUGAGUUUGAUUGCAUGUGGGGCUAUUGA